AUGGCUCUUGUGUCUACCCAGACGUCGUCGGCCCCUCAACCGCAUGAGGUUUUUCCCGCCAGUUCCGUGGUCGAACUCUGUGGCGCCGCAGUGCUGCGAACGGCGGAGGACCUGAGCUCCGAAAAUUGCGGCGAGCUGGAGCAGGGUCAGGCCUGCUUCGUGCUGGGCCACGGCACGGCACCCGACAGCCGGCGCCUGCAGGUCUAUGUCCUUGGGAAGGGUCUGCGCGGCUGGAUCAGCUGUGUGGCAAAGUCAGGGAGGAAGCUGGUGACGAUGACUGGGACGCCUGGUUCCGAUGCGGCCGUGGGCGCCGCCGCUGAGUUCCAGGCCAUCGCCGGUGCGGCGAUGACGGGUGCCUGCGCAGGCACCCCGCAGACUGGGCAAUAUCAAAGGACCAGUGUUUCCAGCACAGCCAUGCCUGCCAUGCCCACGCCGGCCAUGCCGGCCAUGCCGGCCAUGACCGCGGCUCCGGCGCCAGUGGCGGUUGGCACGCUGCAGAGCCGGGGCUCCGCUUGCUCCUGCUCUGCUUGCAGCUGCGGCGCGGCGCCCUCGCCCAUGCCGGCGUGCGGGACAAUGAGCAGCUCCUGUGCUGGCCAAGCCAUACACAGCCAGAGCGCGAUGCCUGUGAUGACCGGGAUUGGGACGAUGCAGAGCCAAAGUGCGAUGCCAGGGAGCCCGCCCACAGCAUCCGCAGCAUUCGCUGCCCAAGCUGUUCAGAGCCAUGUGGGCGCUUGUCAAGUGGACAUGGGUGGCACUGGUGUGGCCACAGCUUCAUACUCGCGAGGCAACUCCACUGCCUCGAACCUGGCAUCGAGCUCUGCUGUGGCCCAGUUCCCACCAGGAUCCCGAGUGGCUGCCCUCGAUGAAAUGGUGGUGCGAGCCGAGGAGUCUCUGAAGAGCGAGCAGGUCAUGGUGCUGGAGGAGGGCGCCUUGCUGGACGUCCUGGGCUGUGGCUCGGAGCCUGGGACCCGCCGGCUCUGUGUCCGGCACCCGUCCGGCGUGGGUUGGAUCAGCUGCGUGGCGCAGUCGGGGCGGCCGCUGGUGGCCUUGGUGGCCUUGGCUCCGUCUGCAGAGGUGCGUGCUGAGGCCAUGCCGACCAUGACAUCUUCCCGCUCGCGAUCCACAAGUGCUGUUGGAAUUGGAACGUCGGCGUCGCUGUUUUCAGCCCAGGCGGUCGAGCACGGCGUCUCUAUCCCGAUGCCUGCGGCAAGCGUUGCGAGCGUGGCAAGCCACGUCAGUGUGUCGUAUCCCCCGCAGGUGGUCACGGAGGAGGUGGCGCCGGGCAAGCAGUGGCUCCGGCGGCAGAAGGCGCAGGACCUGCGCGCGGAGGCACCGAAACGGUACUUGGUGGACAAUCGCGAGCUCCACGCUGGCACGGAUGGCGUGAACUACCGCUUUACGAAGGACCUCGAGGACAUUGACCUGAGUUGCAUGGCUUUCUGGGGCUCCGUCGUCGAGGGCGUCGACGAGGGUGACGGCUGGCUGUGCGUCUCCGAGCUCUACCUGCCUAUGCAGCUGGCUGGCACCACGAUCCUCACCUUGGAGGAGUCGCCUUGGGCGCUGGCGGGGCUGCAGGUGGCGGAGGCCUUUCCCGUGGGCGGCGAGGUGAGGAUGCUGGAGGCGGCCAUCAUGAGGGCCUCCGAGGACCUGCGGAGCAUGGCGCUGGUCCAGCUGGAGAAGGAGCAGAGGAUGCGCGUCCUGGGCCACGGUGCAGGUGCUCGCAACCGCCGGCUCUUCGUCCAGGACCCGGUGUCCGGUCAGGAGGGCUGGAUCAGCUUCGUCUCCCAGACAGGAAAGCUGCUCGUGACGCCGCUGGAACACUCUCCAGAGCAACUGCAGAAGGUGGCGACCAUGAUCUCAACCCGCCAACAACUGGAGAGCGCGGAGGAACAGAUGGAACAGGCGCAGGCCGCGGCACAAGAGGAGCCGGCGGAGAUCGAGUCGGGCUUCCUUGUGGACAACCGGGCCUUCAAGGCGGACUCCGACGGCAUCGGCUACCGUUCGUCUCCAGACCUGGAGGAUAAGGUGGUCCCUGCAAGGACGGCCUUCUGGGGCACGCUGGUGCGGGGCGUCGACGACGGCGAGGGCUGGCUGAGGGUCGGCGCCUACUUCCUCCCGAUGGCCUUGUCGGGCGUUCAGGUGCUGACCCCGGAGGCCUCGGUGCCGAAAGCUCUGCUGCCGCAGCUGCCCGGCUUUGCCAGAGGAGACUGGGAGUACAUCUGCAUCGACCCCAAGGGUGCGAGCACCUUCCUCCAGCCCGAGGGAGCACCCUCCAAGUCCGACUCCGGGCAGGCCGUGCAGCCCGGUGAGCUGGUGAGGGUUUGCGAGCGAGGGCUCCUGGGACAGAAGCUCUGGCUGUGCUUGAUGGACGGCCGCGGCUGGCUGGUGGAGAAGUCCUCCCGGCGGCACGUGUCCGAGGUGAGCGACGAGGGCAAGGUGGCGAAGGGCAUGAAGCUGAUGGUGGACCCGCGCCUGGAGAAGCCGGUGAAGAUUCUACCGGCGCCUUACCCCUUCGCCGUCAGCGGAGCGCCCGAAGUGUUGGCCGGCUCCACGGUGGAUGUGAUUCGGAAGGUCCAAGUGCUGGUCCCAUCUCCCGGCGACCGCAGCAAGGAGAACUGGGCGCGCUACUACAAGGUGGAAGACCCGCGCCGCGUCGAGGGCUGGCUCGGCGAGCUGAGGGUGCACUGCGGCGUCAAGGAUGCCGGUCCCGGGGAGACGGUCCUGUGUGAGUUUCAGGGCGGCGGUUUCGCGGACCCCAAGUGCCAGGGCAUGCCCUGCUGGGUCUCCGUGGUCGCCAAGUCCCAGGUCGCUCUGCUGUCGGCCCCGGCAAGGAAGCGCGCAACCAAGAAGUACCUGAACCCCGGUGACUUUGUCGAGGCGGUGGAGGAGCUUCGGGUCGCUGGCUUGGUCUUCUACAGGCUGGUGGACGGCUGCUGGGUCGCCCGGGAGGAUGGCGCCGGCAAGGUGGCGUGCGACCUCGUCGUGCGGGAAAGGCACAAGUGGAUCUACGUCUGCAACGACAAGGAUGGCGCUCAAGUUCGCACCACGCCGACGCGGUCCCAAGCCCGGAAUGCCAACAAGAAGCUGAAAUACAGGGCCCGCGUGGUGGUGUCCGAGAAGGUGACCCUCUCAGACGGCGAUGUUUUUCUGAAACUCGGCGAGGAGAAGAGGGGUUGGGUCCCCGCCACGAAGCUCGGCUCCUCCGUGGUGAAGAUGGCACCCCUGAAGGCGCUGGAGGAGUCACCGGGAGCCGCCGGGGCCAACGGCUACGGGCCGCCGGGCAUCAACGGCUCCGAUCUCGGCAUUUUUCUCGGUGCUUCGCAGCACAAGAGGGAGCCCUAUACAAAACUGAGUACCCAAGUGCAAUCCUCAAGUGAGGUCUCGGACGGCCGCCCGGCUCGUGCGGCCAGAGCUGUUGCCAGGGCCCCGCGGGCUACGGCGGCUACGGCGGCUACGGCGGCUGUUGCAGUGGCGGCUACGCCGCCUACGGCGGUUGCGGCGGUUGCGGCGGCUGCGGCGGCUGCGGCGGUGCUCCCGCGCUCUGGGCUCGGUGCAGCGGGUUAG